CUUUUGUUUCCUUGUCUAUAUUUUCAACCCUUUUUUUUUUCUAUACUUUAUUGUGUGUGUGUGAGUGUGGACCGAUUCAUUCUUUUCUUAUCCUUCUUUUACAUCAUUUACUACUGCUCAUACCAACAUGCUUCGUUUAUCGUCUUCUCUACUGACAUCCAAGAAAUUCCUUGUCUCUGCUGGUAUUCACACCACAGCAACGCGUGCAGCUAUCACUAGAUUCAACUUACCUGCCAUGAGUCCUACUAUGACUGAAGGCACAAUCCAUAAAUGGCAAAAGAAAGAAGGGGAAUCGUUUGCUGCCGGGGAUGUACUUUUGGAACUUGAAACUGACAAAGCUCAAAUCGAUGUGGAAGCACCUGACGAUGGAGUUCUCGCUAAGAUUGUGCUUGGAGAUGGACAGAAAGGUUCCGUGAAUUCCUUGAUUGCCCUGUUGGCUGAAGAAGGUGAUGAUAUUUCCAAUAUACAGAUACCUGAAGAUGAUAGCAAUACAUCAUCAGCUCAAGAACAACAAACUAUCAAGGAAGAAAAGAAAGAAGCAAAUGCCUCAGUGACACCAGUUGUUCCUAUGGGUCAUCAUGAUUUGGAUACAAGUAAACUCAAGAAACCAUUGUCACCUGCUGUAUUUAGUUUGGUAAUGCGACACCAUAUCAAGGAUGUAGGUCAAAUCAAGGCAUCUGGUCCUGGUGGGCGUAUUUUGAAGGGAGAUGUACUUGCUCAUCUUGGAUUGAUUGCUCCUCGCCCUGCGCCCAAACCUAGACAUUCUGUCGCUCCUCCAAGGGAUCAAAUUGAAAUUGCCAAGCCUACUGCUCCUGUUGAUGAUGGGAAAAAAUCAAUUCAAGACAAGAAGGAAGAUACCCCUGUGGUUCCUACAUACAUUGAACGCCAAGUUAGCAUGGAUGCAUUAAUCAAUCUUCGCAGCUCGUUAAAAGAACAAAGUGGUACAAGAGUCAAUCUCAAUGAUUUGAUUAGCAAGGCAGCUGGAAGAGCGCUUCAAGAAGUAAAUGAUGGCAAGGUAUAUAAUUCCAACCAAAGCGACAAAGGCAUUGUGUCACAAACCAAAUCAUCUGUUUCUACUUAUAGUGGUGGUGUAUUCAAGAUUUUCCAUUUGGCAGCACCUACUUAUGAUUUUAUCACAGAUAGUUAUGUUGGAUCGAAACCUUAUACUUUGAAUGUAGAUAAAUUACAACGUAUAGGAAAGGUCAAGAAAGAAACCAUGGUGGAUAUCAUAGAUUAUCUUGGAGGACAACAACGAUCUUCAUCGGCAGUUCGUACGGUCAGUCUGAACAACAUUGGAUCAUCUGAUUUAUUCAACCAACAACAACAAGGUUACUAUGUGAAUAUGAAAUUAGAAGGUGGUGCCCCUGAUCAGAAGGCCAAACUGUUUUUGGAUCGUUUAGAAUAUUAUGUUAGACACCCUGAAGAUUUGAUUGUAUAGAUUAGUCACUUUUUUUUUUUUUGUUUAGUUUUAGUAUCACACUUUCUUUUUUGGAAUAAAAAAAAAUAUAUUCUUAUUAUCAAUAUGA